CAGCUGCUAGAGUUGCGUGUACUCUGGCGUGUGACAACAGAGACUCACGGGGUUUGGAGUGGAUUGAGGUUUUAAACUAAAUCAAAAGGACAACAUGACUCGGGACGUUGUUUGACCACGAGAAAUACUUUUCGAAGGUUGUUUUUCCGCUUCAGGGAAGCUAACAUAAGGAGACCACAUUGAUCCUCUCAUAAAGGUAUAGAAACAUCUCCAAGAUUUUCCCCUAAACCCACCAUGCCGACCCCUGGGACCUCACCGCCGCCGACCUCCUCUCAGCCUGGACCACGUCCUUAUUCCCGCUCGUCUUCGUUCCCCACGCCGACUGCUUCGCCACACUGCUCACCCCUCAGAAGCCCUUCUCAGCUGGGGAGAGCCCAACUCAACGCGGCCUCAGAGCCUACAAUGCCUGAACCAGAGGAUCCAGAGGAGGAGGUCAGUCUCGAGGAUAUGGUUGAGAAAGCAAAGUCAGGUGACGCUAGAGCGCAGACCAAGAUGGGCCGCUUUUUCCUGGCUCUGGCCCUUGAAAGAGAUGAGGAACUGAACCACUGCACAGCGGUCACCUGGCUGCUCCUGGCCGCCAAACAGGGUCGCAAGGAAGCCGUGAAGCUGCUGCAACAAUGUUUAUCAUCUAGGCAAGGCAUCACUCUCGAAAACUAUGAGGAAGUGAAAAAGUUGUGCAUGGAAACUCGUUUUGAGAGGGGGGUUCGGAAAGCGGCUCUGCUCAUGUACUGGAAGUUGAACCCGGAGAAGAAGAGGGCGGUAGCUGUUUCGGAGAUGCUGGAGAACGUAGAACAUGUGCACACAGAUCAGGAAAAAACAGUCUCCCAAAGCCCACUAAAUAGCUCUGUUAAGAAACAGAGGCGAGUUCUGCAGACAAUGGUGACCAGCGAGUCCAUCUCCUACAUCGGGAUGGACGAAUUUGUCGAGAUGACAAAGAAAUAUGCUCAGGGAAUCGCACCGCCUCCUGCCAUGGUGGGCGUGUCAGGCAGCGAUGAAGAUGACGACGACGACGUGGUGGUGAGGAAUCCGGAUGAGCUGCCCCUACACCAAAAGCUGUUGAAGUUCCCACUUCACGCUUUGCUGGAGAUCAAGGAGCACCUCAUCGACUGGGCGUCGCGGGCGGGCAUGCAGUGGCUCAGCGCCCUCAUCCCCACACACCAUGUCAACGCGCUCAUCUUCUUCUUCAUCAUCUCCAACCUCACCAUUGAGUUCUUCAUCUUCCUCAUUCCUUUGCUGGUUUUCUACCUCUCUUUCUUCUCCAUGAUUAUUUGUACGCUGCGGGUGUUCCAGAAUUCCAAAGCCUGGGAGAACUUUCGGGCCCUAACCGACCUCCUGGCUCACUUUGAGCCUGGUCUCGAUCUGGAGCAAGCUGAGACCAACUUUGGAUGGACACACUUGGAACCCUAUUUGUACUUCUUGCUCUCCGUGGUCUUUGUGGUGUUUUCCUUCCCGGUGGCCGACAAGUCGUGGAUCCCGUGCUCCGAGCUGGCGGCGGUGGCCCUCUUCUUCACGGUCACCGCCUUUCUCAGUCUUCACGCCUCCGCCAAAUUGUUUGCUCGCAAGGCCCUGCUCACAGAAGUACUCUCGGGGGCCUGCUCUCUCUCUCACCUGCUGCCGGACUCCCUUUGGGCGCUCCGGAUCUUCGGGAGGACGUUUGUCUCGCUGCCUCUGGGCGACAUCGUGGCGUUGAACAUUGGGGUGCCCUGUGCCCUCUAUGGCCACCUGGUCUACCUCCUGUUUCGCAUGGCCCAGCUGAGAGGCUUCAAGGGGACUUACCUGUGCCUGGUGCCAUAUCUAGUUUGCUUCACGUGGUGUGAGCUCUGCUUGGUGUUCCUCAAUCACGCCACGGCCAUCGGCCUCAUACGGACUUGCGCCGGCUACCUCCUCUUCCUGUUUGCACUGCCCGUUCUCUCUCUAGGCCUUGCUGCGAUGCUCAUCAUCCAGCUCAUGCAGUGGUUCGUGGCCCUGGAAAUCACCAAAAUGGCCGUCACGCUUACUGUGUGCUUCGUGCCGGUCGUUCUGAGGCUUUGGACCCGCUUCAGCUUGAACCCCAUCGUGGUGUUUCGCUCGCUGUCCAGGAGCAGCAUCGUCAAACUCAUCUUGGUGUGGCUCAGUGCCGUGCUGCUCUUCUGCUGGAUGUACGUGUACAGGUCAGAAGGCAUGAAGGUGUACAACUCCACCCUCACGUGGCCGCAGUACAGCAUCAUGUGCGGCCCGUCGGCAUGGAAGGAGUCCAACAUGGCCCAAACUCAGAUCCUCUGCUCGCACCUCGAAGGCCACAGGGUCACCUGGACGGGCCGCUUCAAAUACGUGCGCGUGACGGACAUCGAGAACGGGGCGCAGUCGGUCAUCAACCUGCUUCCUGUGUUGGUGGGCAAUUGGAUGCGUUGCCUGUACGGUCAGCCAUACCCUGCGUGUGAGGGAAUGGGAGACCCCGCCGUGGGGCCUCACCCAUUCCUGGCCCCGCCGCUGCAAGAUCCCCUGUGUCAACUCAAACAGCUUGCCAAGCACGAAUGCCACGUCAAGCGCUUCGACCGGUACAAGUUUGAAGUCACCAUGGGCAUGCCGCAAGAGAGGAAGACCAAGAACGGGACCAUCGUGGAAGACGAAGACGCCACCAAGGACAUCGUCCUGCGUGCCAGUAACGAGUUUAAGUCAGUGUUGCUUCACUUGAACGCGGGAAGCACGGUGGAGUUCAGCACCAUCCUGGAGGGACGUCUGGGCUCCAAAUGGCCCGUUUUCGAGCUGAAGGCCAUCCACUGCUUGUCAUGCGGCAACGCACGCCUGUCCAGCCGCAGACAGUACAAGAUUGAGCACGAUUGGAGGCGCACAGCCCAGAAUGCCCUGCAGUUUGGCUUUGACUUCUUCUUCAACCCUUUCCUCACCGCACAACUCCGCCAACUCUCUGACACUGAAACUGACACCGGAACAGAAGUGAUGGUGUAGUAUACACUAAAUCUAAACAAGCUGUGGCUUUAUUCUUCUAAAAGAAACAGUUCUGAGAAUACAUACACUCCCCACAAACAGGAAUAUUCAACAUUUGAGUGAUUUUCAGUAUUGUUUCAUGUUUGUGAGCUGUCAGUGCAAUAUAUUGUUCCAUAUUAUUUUCCUUGGUGAACACUAAAAGACACCUUCCAAACCUCCUAAGUUGGGCUUGUUUGCUAAUGCGAACAACGUUUUCAUCUUUUUCAAGAUGUACUCAUGCUCACUGCCCGAGUUGCACCUCAUUUGUGGAGAGCUGAAAAUGAAAGUAAAUGACGGGAGUGUCCGUUGAUGUAAGGCUUUAACCAUCAAGUUUAUUAGCAAGUUGUCUUCAAGUGCCUUGAUUGCAUUUUAGAUACAUUAAACAUUUCUGGGAUCCUUUUCAUUUCAAAAGUUAUUUAUUGUGCCUUCUGUUCCUUUUAUGUCUGUUUAUAAGCCUGCUGUGCAGGAAUUGAACAUGUUAAACCUGAGUAAUUAUGUCUGAAUUGGGAUCAUCAGUGUUUCUUGUUCUGUGACCCAUACAAAUAUGACAGUAACAAUAUCUUGUAUUGCCAAGCUUUACACAGAAUGGAGUAGCCCUAAUUAGAAUUUGAUAAACUUGUGAAAAACAUAGUGAAUUGUUUAUAUUUUUAGAAUACUGGAGUAGGAUCAUUUGUUUGUGCUUACUAAAGGAGUGGGUUAAUAAAGAUAUUUGGAUUAAAGUA